AUGUCUCCACCUGUCUGGGAAAGCAUCGCAAAUAUCUUCUACUCCCCCUUCAGCAUCUCUUCAGCCCUGGCUAUGGUGAUGCUGGGGACCGGGGGCAACACAUCCACACAGAUGUCAGAGGUCCUGGGUUUUACUGAGAAAGGGCAACCAGAGCAGACAGGAGCAGAGACAAUGCAGUUGCAGAUGGAGUCGCAGUCGCAGAUGCAGAUGCAGAUGCAUCAGUCCAGAAUUCUGCCGGAGUGUGUGCGCAAGUUCCUGCCACCUCAGAAUGAUGAAGAGGAUGUCCACGCAAGCUUCUCCGAACUAAUGAGUAAGCUCAUCAAGGACGACGCUCCGUAUGCCCUCAGCCUCGCCAACAGGCUUUAUGGAGAGCAGUCCUACCAGUUUGUUGAGCGUUUCUUAUCAGAAACCAAAAAGCACUACGGCGCUGAUCUGGAGUCUGUGGACUUCAAAGCCAGCGCAGAAGCAGCCAGGGUCAACAUCAACAAAUGGGUGGAGGAUCAGACUCAAGGUAAAAUUAAGGAUCUGCUUGCCAAGGAUAUGGUGGAUAGCCUGACCAGGUUGGUGCUGGUCAACGCCAUCUACUUCAAAGGGAAAUGGGAGACACAGUUCAAGGAGUAUUCUACUGUUGAUGCUCCGUUUAAAAUGAACAAGAAUGACACUAAAUCGGUGAAGAUGAUGGGACAGACCAGUAAAUUUGGUCUCUCCUCAAUUCGCGAGGCCAACUGCCAGAUCCUGGAAAUGCCUUAUAAAGGGAAAGACCUCAGCAUGCUCAUCUUCCUGCCCAAUGAGAUCGAGGACAAGACAACGGGCCUAGAGAAGCUGGAGAAGGAGCUGACCUAUGAGACAUUUGUGGAGUGGACUCGCCCAGACGUGAUGGUUGAAACUAAGGUGAACGUGAAUCUGCCUCGAUUCAAGAUGGAGGAGUCGUGUGACUUGAAAGACAUCCUGAUCAGCAUGGGCAUGGUGGACGCUUUUGAUGUCACGAUGAGUGACUUUUCUGGCAUGUCCAAGGCAGACGACCUGGUCCUAUCAGCAGUGGUCCACAAGGCUUUUGUGGAGGUCAACGAGGAGGGAACUGAGGCUGCUGCUGCCACUGCUGGAGUCGCUUCAGAACCUCAAUGCCGCCUGAGUUCCAUGCAGAUCACCCCUUCCUCUUCUUCAUCCGACACAACCCCUCGAUGCUUCAAACACGAGACUUCCUGUAACGGAAAGACUCCUGAACACUCGAAGUCCAUCAGAAAAGUGUCUGUCAACACCAUGGCAUCACCAACCCCUCUAUCCAAGGCCAACACAACCUUCGCUCUGGCUUUGCUCAAACAGCUAGGCGAUAACGACAAUGCCACGAAUGUCUUCUACUCCCCCUUCAGCAUCUCCUCAGCCCUGGCUAUGGUGAUGCUGGGGACCAGGGGCAACACAUUCACACAGAUUUCAGAGGUGCUCUGCUUUACUGAGCCAGAUAAGUCGCGGCAUUGUGGAGGAGAGCAGAUGCAAAUGGAGCAGCAGCAGAAAGUCAACGCCAUGCUGCCACCAUAUCUGCGGAAGAUGUGCCUGAAAACCAAGGGCUUGCAGGAUGAGGUCCAUACACGCUUCGCCGAACUGCUGUCAGAGCUGAACAGGGAAAACGCUCCGUUUGCCCUCAGUGUCGCCAACAGGCUGUACGGGGAGCAGUCCUACCAGUUUGUAGAGGAUUUCUUAGGGAAAACCAAGAAGCACUACAGUGCAGAGCUGGAGCCUACGGACUUUGUGAACAGCUCAGAAGUGGCGAGAGGCAACAUCAACAACUGGGUGGAGCAGAUGACACAAGGUAAAAUUAAGGAUCUGUUGGCCAAGGGAGUGUUGGACAGCAUGACCAGGAUGGUGCUGGUCAACGCCAUCUACUUCAAAGGCAACUGGGACAAACAGUUUGAGGAGAGCAAAACUGUGGAUUCUCAGUUUAGACUAAACAAGAAUGGCACCAAACCAGUGAAGAUGAUGAACAUGAAAUCAAAGUUCCCUUUCACCUACAUCUCUGAAGCCAGCUGCCAGAUCCUUGAGAUGCCUUACAAAGGAAAGGAGCUCAGCAUGCUCAUCUUUUUGCCCAAAGAUAUAGAGGACAGUACAACAGGUCUGGAGAAGCUGGAGAAACAGCUGACCUAUGAGAACUUUACCGAGUGGACUCGUCCAGAGAUGAUGGAUAAUGUUGAGGUCAUGGUAGGGCUGCCUCGUUUUAAGAUGGAGGAGUUGUAUGAUCUGAAAAAUGUCCUGGUCAGCAUGGGCAUGGCAGAUGCCUUCGACAUGGCAAUGAGUGACUUCUCAGGCAUGGCCCCUGGAAACGACCUGGUUCUGUCAAAAGUUGUCCACAAGGCUUUUGUGGAGGUCAACGAGGAGGGAACUGAGGCUGCUGCUGCCACUGCUGCGAUCAUGAUGCUGCGAUGUGCCCCGAUGCGACCAGAAAGCUUCGUUGCAGACCACCCCUUCCUAUUCUUCAUCCGACAUAACCCUUCCAUGAGCGUCCUCUUUGCUGGUAGAUACUGCUCCCCUGAGUGAGCUCUACAUCGUUAAGAGCAGUGGUUCUCAACUAAAGGGGGUUUACAAUGCAUUGCAACAGUAUCACACUUUAUUUUAUAUUACUAGAAGAUGAUUGAGAAUCACUUCGAGAGUUUCCUAUAGCUAUUCACAAUCAAGUUUCCCUCCUGUGUUUUCAUAAUGUAGAACGAUGAGUGGUUUUGGAUUUUUUUAAACUGGUCUCCAUCAUUCCUUAUGAGUGAAUGAAAUAUUCUGUGUUAAUCCUGAUUAUUAGGUUUGUACACAGUUUGUGUUUUGAACCUAAUAUCUUCAGCCUUAAAACCUUAAGUCUGUAAUGGAAGUAUGGCCCUUUUUGCUGCAGCCUUAAACCUUAUCCUAUUUAAUCUAUACCAAUCACGUCUAAAGUCGAUAUCAUCUAAAACACCCUUUGCAAGAAUUGCCUUUAUCACAAUUUCCAUGUUCGUUUAACUGCCAGGCCUGAACUAUCGUUUUUAAUACGUAAUUCUGCAAGAUUCUUGGCACUUUAUCUACAGAAAAUACACUUUCAGCAUUUUAUAUGUUCAGUUAACCAAAGAAAGAAUGGGAUUACAGCAUGUUUUCAGAUAGCUACGUAUGCAAAUUCUAAAUAUAUUCUAUAAAAAGCAAAAGCUUACAUGAGGGUUUAAACUGGUGUCGAAUCCAUGUCCUUUUUAUGUAUACUUGUGUUUUACAAAUGAAAUAAAAAAAAGUGUGCCGUUCCCAAA